CUUCUCUCACCCUCUUCCUUCUUCUAUCCAGAAACUUGAUAAUUGCACUUUCUAUUUCUUUUCGCUCUCCAGCUACAUAAUAGAGCAUUAGGUCAGACGUGAAGACAACUUGGAACUCAAAAUUAAGAUUCACCUUGUUAACUGGUGUAGCAAGUGAAUUUGAUAACCCCUGCAUUAUUCAAUCUUAUCUACACCAUUACCUCCCAACCCCGUCAUCUCAUGUCACUAAUUCUUCAUCCCACCAAGAGCUGAGAACAAGCAUCCAGAUGGCUUUACCAGUACAGUCAACCUCUCCAGACGCUACAAUGGCGAGUGAAGAGAAGCCCCAGGUGCCGCCCGCUGCGAGAGUCGGGCCAGCAACGAAGGAAAUUCCCCCUCUGGAUACCACAAAUACACGGGACGCCAAGCCCACUGUAAUCACAGAUGCGUCCUCCCCCGCUACCAAGGAGACGAUCGACUCAGCAGCACAGCCCACGAUUACCACUCAGGCCGAGGAUGAUUUAGUGAACCCUCCAGAUUUCCAAGGCGAAGUUCAAACCACCAACGAUUUGCCCACAAUUGAGACAUUGCGUAAGAUAGAGACAUACACAGUACUCGACAGUGACGGGAAGACCCACCAAUUCAAGAGUCUGUAUGCUGGUCACAAUUCUGCGCGUCGAGUACUCAUCAUCUUUGUUCGACAUUUCUUUUGUGGUAACUGCCAAGAAUAUUUACGUACUCUCUCAGCUUCAAUCACUCCCGAUGCUCUUCUGCAAUUGCCCGUCAGCACUUUUAUUGCUGUCAUCGGAUGUGGCGCGCCCGAGUUAAUCAACUCGUACAUUCAAGAAACUGGUUGCCCCUUUCCCGUAUAUGCUGACCCAACCCGUCGAUUGUAUUCCGAACUAGGAAUGGUCCGCACUUUGGCCAUGGGCUCAAGACCUGCCUAUCUGCAAGGAAAAUCAAUUGCCCACACCGUUGUUUCCGGCGUGGUCCAAGGUCUCAAGCAGAUAAAAUCAGGCCUAGUGAUGAAGAUGGGUGACCAACGACAAGUAGGCGGGGAAUUCCUUUUCGAACCCGCAACAAUGGAACUAGAUACUCCCGUCACUACUCCACGCAGUGAAGAGGACAAAAAGCUCGAGCCGACUGGUGAGGUCGAUAAGCCAGAUGAUCACGAAGACCCUAAAGUCGAAGAGAAGCGUGUUACAUGGUGCCAUCGUAUGCGGACGACGCGAGAUCACGCUGAGAUGCCCGAGUUAAUGGAAGUUCUUGGAUUAGAUGGUAGCGGUGCUCCCAUCAAGGACAAAAAAAGAUGGGCAAAAGCGCUAAAGACGAGGAAGGGCACCGGCCUGAGCAUGGCCAGCCAGAUGAGUCGGAUGAGCAUUGAUACUACACACACUAAUGGUAAAAGCUCAACCAAGGCGUAGGUAUUAGAUUGCCUUACAACGGCCAAUAUAUCGAUGGAAUUGGUGGGUGUUACACACGAGCAUUCAAUAAAUUCAGACUCAGCCAAAUCCCAUGAGGGAUUUAGGAUGACUACAUCGCAAAACAAGAUUGCAACAAGAGGCGAGCUUGGAAGAUAGCAAGGAGACUGACGGACAUCCCAACUAAUCGGUCAUCAUAACAUAUCAGCCUGCUUACAGAAAAAAAUAACGGCGUUUCAGGGUUGCGUCAUAGUUUUGCCUCAAAAUAGGUCACGUCGGCCAUGAAGAUCAAUUUAUAGUAGUCAAUGAUACCAUUUCGUUUUUCA